UGCAUUCCGAUUUAUAUAGCGAUAGAGUAUAUAACAUUGACAAUGUCGCGGUUGUCCAGCUGCACAUAUAGUAGCAUAUGCUUACUGGUUGCUCUGCAUUUCGUGUGGCUGCUGACGGCGACGGCGAAGCCAGCGUCCAGCAGCAGCAGCAGCAGCAGCUUGCCCUCACUUGCGCCUUCAGGUGACGCCACCACGCCCACAACAAGCACAGGUAACAAGCAUAUUGUGAGCUUUGUGAACUCCAAGCGCGGCCCAGCUCCCCAUGCAGAAUUUGAUUUUGAGCGUAACGAGGCGGAGGCCAUCAACUCGGUUCAUGUGCAGCAGCUCUUCGGCAGCCUGCUGCAGUUGCAAGGACCUAGCAACAAUAGCCUGGAUACGGACGAUGCGCCGGACAGCGAGCGCAAUACCCUGGACGAUGAACUGACCCUGAUGGAGUCGGUCGGUGAGCAGCACGAAAGCUCCACAGAGCAGCCAGACGCGUGGCAUCGCAUCAAGCUGGCCAUACCAGUGCUGGAGCCGGUCAAGCACUUGGUGAACACAGUGGGCGGCGGCGGGGUGAACAACACGCACGUGAUCAACAACACGCAUCGGCUGAUCGGGCACAGUGGAGUACAUCAUUCACCGCAUCCGCACAGUAACAACACCUCGCCGGCCAUCGAGACGGAGGAGGAUCGGGAGGAGGCCAUCGAUAGCACGGGCUUCGAUUUGCUCGAAACGCUGGGCACAGCGGGCACCGUGCUCUGGGGCAUGCUGCAGAAUCUGCGAAGACUUUUUGCGGCCAGUGCCGGCAACGCCAGCACUGCCUUCUCAGGUGGUGCAGGCGGUGGCGGUGGUGGUGGUGGUGCAGCUACUGCGAACUAAUUGCAACGGGUGUGGUGUACUGUGAUUAAUCUAGGUGCUUACCGUGGGGCAUUUUCAAUGUUUAAUACUAAUGAAAUAUACGACAGUUAAAUUAUGCAU